UUUCUUGGUCGCAAAAUUGAGGUGCAGAGGCUCCGCAAGCUGCUAGAUCUGCCUGCGCAGCUCACGGUGGCAAGCCUUAGGGGUGCCUGACCAGCCGGCGCAGCGAAACCGGCACUUGGAGGGCGACGCGCUGCGCCCAGAGACGAGAACCGCGUCGCGGUUCAGAGAGACUCCGCCGCGCAAGAAAGCGAGACGCGACGACGAUGGACGCCGCCUUCCGCAAGCUCCAGGCGGAGAAGGCGGCCGAGCGCGGCGAGACCGCACCGAAAGAAGAGCCGCGCGAGCAACAAAAGGCGCCGGAACCUAGAAAAGACAAGCCGUUGAUGCGCAAAGGCCACGCGGCCGGCUGGGUCGUCGCGCCACAAAUUGGCGAGGCCCACCAGGCCGAGAUCCCCGACGCUCCUACGAGGAGGGCCCGAGGCCCGCGAAGAGGCCGAGAUGCAAAAGCCUCCAACGUGGCGGACGGGAGACUCGCGUGGCAGGCCGGCAACUGGAAGCCUCAUCCGGAUGGGAACAAGGGCGGGCCCUGCGGCGAUCUCAUCCUAGCCGCGAGGCACGCGCUGGAUGAAGGCCAUCCGGAAGGCUGGCCGCCGCGACGGAGAGAUGAUGUGCACGAGGCCAUCGCGCCGCGAGAGCCCUUUUCGUGGUUGGGCGUCGACGGCCAGCCCGUUCCGUUAGAAAGUGAUGAACAAGUACUCGCAUUAAUUCAAGCUCAUGGCGGCAACGCGCGACGGGCCGCCUACGCGAUGACGUCUGGCUUGGGUGCUGCUGCCGAAGCCGGUGCUCGCAAGCGCUUCGACCAGCAACGAAAGCUCGUGUUGCGAGCCGCGGCCCAGGGAGCGACACCGUCCUGCGUCGGGUCUCGGCCCUUGGCGGCGCAACUGUUCGAUCCCGCGAGACCCCCUACCCGAGAAACUAGAUUGUUCGCGGCACUCCCCGGCUUCAUGGCCGGCGUUAGUACAAAACCGAGGUCGAAGCGAUCUCGACGUUAUAUGGUGCCCCCCGAUUUAACGAAAAGAAAGUCGGGCGUCGCCGCGGGGCAAGCUCGGGUCGAGGAGUUCAAGCGCAGGGAGCGCGAGGCCAAGCUCAAGGCCGACGAGGAGGCCCGGAAAGCUGCCGAAGCUCAACAACGCGCCGAGAACGGCAAUAAUGAAGAGGAGGACAAGAAAGACUCCAGUAGUGACGACGAACAAGAGCAGGAGGGUCGACGACGCUUAGAACGGCGAGGCCGCGGCCUGGGCCGGGCCGACGCGGCCCAGCGCUGGCGCGACUUAGAACAGAAGGCCGACCAGCUCUGCCAGCGCGCGCAGCGGCACCAGCCGAAAGCGGAAAAGGAACCCGCGAAGGAACCGCCGUCCAAGAAGCGCCGGAAGAAGGCCCAGGAAAGUUCGGAUGAUGAUGACGAUGUUGUGCCGGUCGCGAAGAAUGAUCAACGGCCGACUUUGGCCGAAUGUGUCGCUAUCUUGAGGGAGGCGGAAGACCUGCCGGACUGUCCGCCGUCGAUCGGUGGUACCGGCGAGGAUCCCGUGUCGCUGCUGAAGGAAAGACUGGAUGAAAUUUGGAGGCAUGUGGCUAGAUGUCGCUUAUUAUCAGCGAGAGCUAGAGAUUGUGUGGCUCGCGGGAGUGCGGACGAGGCCUCGGCCGCGUAUGACGCUCGAGGAUUUGGGUAUUCCGUCUACGCUCGCACGAACGCCGACGGCACGCCCAAGCAGACGGCGAACGAGAUCGUGGCCGCGGGCGUCGGCGUGUCUCGGAGCGGCGCGCGCGGCCUGUCUACUGGCUCCGCAGUAGAAGAAGAGCCUGAAGAGGACGUCGUUGCGGGGCUGGGCGCCAUGUCGGAACGGGAGCCGACGCUGCCCCUCGAGGACGCCGAGGCGUGUCUGCGGCAGUUGAAGCAGCAUUGUAUACGAGAUGACGAUGCUUUAAGGCCUUUAGCGGCUUGUUUGCGAGCGGCGUCGGCCUGGCGACGGAAAGCUCAUGAUUCGUUAGAGGGCCAGGGCGCGCCCGCGCGGCAGAUCGCGCCGGGGCAGUUACUCGGAUUGGCGCAGCGGGGCCGCGCGAUGCCGUUCGUUGAAGGUGAGUUGUGUGAGCAGCUCGAGGAGCGGGCGCAAGACGCGCGUGACCUAGAUAGGGAGCUUUCUAGAGCUUUAGAUGGCGUGACCACACCUAACCUCCAAACUUUGAAAGAGUUACGAGAACGGUGCCGGGACUUCGUUGGUGUUAAGUUAGAAGCUCGGAGAGAGCUCGAUUCCCUUUGUGAUGCCGCGGAGCAGUGGGCGAAGGAUGCCCGACGUAUCUUGACCGAUCCUCAUGCGAAAAAGGCCCCGACGAAGGCAAGACGUUUGUUGGCGCAAUUGACAGAAAUAAAAUGUGGUGUGGGACCCAUGGGUGUCACCUUGCAAGAACAGGUCGCCAAGGCCGACAAGUGGACGGAGCAAGCUCUUAGCGUCUAUGAGGGUGAUGCUGAUGACUACGCAUCAUUGGGUCGACUCGUGGAUGCCGCAGAAGAUGUACCAGCUCCUAGAAGAGCCCUGACGGCCUGUAGUCGGCGCCAUCGCUUCCUGCAGUGGGUCCGGGAGGCGCGCGGCGCGCUCGUGGCGUGUUCCGUGCGGGAGCCGGGCGACCACGACGAGGUGAUCCGGCCCGGUAUGUUGUCUGUGUCCUCUGGCGAGUCGCGUCGAUGGCGUACGAGUCGCGUGGUCCGAAACGGCUCGAAACCUCGCUCGACGCUCCCUCGCCGGCGCGCGACGCGUUUCCACACACAGGUAUUCAAGACGCGAAGGACCACCUCGAGUCGCUCGACGAGCUGCGGAAGGGUGCCACGGACGACUUGGCCAAACUCGCGCGGAAGCAGCACGAGGACCCUCAAGUCAUUUUAAACCCGGAGAAGCGGGGCGAGGUCGAGGAGGUCGACCCUGUGCAAAAAGGGGAAGACCGGCGGGCCGCGUCGAACGCCCGCAAGGAGGCCCUGCUCGAAGCGAAGCGCAAGCAGGAGGAGGAGAAGGCUCGCUUAGCUGAGAAGAAGCCUCCCCCUCCGGAGGAUACGGAUUCGUCUUCCGAAGAUUACUCUGACAGUGAAGAUGUGAAUCAGAAUCAAAGGCGGAAAUUAACGGCGUUGACCAUACGGAAGGCGGCGCGGGACGCCACUCACGUGUCCGAGGAAGAGUCGCAAUUGCGGGAAAUACUCGCGAAAGCUGAAAGCUGGGCCGCUCGUGCUAAAGCUCUCAAGCCGGCAACUUGUGCCGGCGGGCUGACGGAGAUCCCCCACGAGAAGCUCAUGGCGGCACCUACUCUCGCACAGCUCAAGAAGCUAGUUGACCAGGGCGAGGCGUUGGCGAUUGACUGCACGAUCCAACUACGACCGCUGCGGACGGCCUCGAGGCAAGCCGGCGCCUGGCUCCACAACUCGCGAGAUGUCCGUCGGAAGCUCAACCUCGAAGCGACGACCGACGUGAAACUCUGGGUCACGACCACAAAUGAUAGUGACAGCGACGACAGCGACGCGGUGGUGAAGCAGGAGUCGGGCGACGAGGACGAGUCAGGUGUCACGGCUCUUCAAUUAUCGUCGUGUCUCGCGCAAGCUCGGCGGUUGGGCGCGAAGGUCGACGAGCUGGCGCAGCUACGACAGCUCGGUAGUCGCGUCGACGCGUGGCGCGCGAGACACCGGGAGCUCUGCCCCCGUCGGAGUACGCUGAUCGACGACCAGCCGCAGAAGAGUAGUACAAGAUCCAAAGCCUCGGAGAAGGCCCGCCAGCUGGCCGAAGAGGAGGCUGCUCGCGCCAACGUCCGAGAACCGAGCAAGGCGGAGAAACGGAGACCCGUCUACUUAACAAUUGGCGCGUGCACUGGUGACGCCAAGCCCACUCCUGAGGUGUUGAGAACGUUAGAUGCCGCAUUAAACACCCUACCUCUGGACAUGGAGGUCGAGAGGCAGGCUCUCGCAGAUAGAUUAACCGCGGCCUCGGAGCUCAAGAGUGAAGUCCGUACUUUGUUGAGUGAUGUGGGAGAGCGGUGUGUCGGAUUGCUGCCAAAUCAUACGGCUCGACUAGCUCGCCUCGAGACCGGCGAUAGUGACAGUGAGGACUCCGACAGUGAGGACAGUGACGACGCGCCCCUCGUGCCGCGGCCGGCGCCCGUUGUACAACCGAUGGACGUCGACACUGCUGUCGACAAGAAGCCUCCACCAAAACCUAGACCGAAGAAGCUGUCGCGGCAGGAGCGGCUCGAUCGCGACGAGUUGGAGAGGGACGCUCUCCCGGAGGACGACGACCGCGGGCGCGGCGUGCUGCGAGCGGAACUGGUUUUGAAACGGGAAGUUGAGGCUGCUUUGGCUAAAGCACCUAGAGUGCGGACGGCCGACGAAAGGAGACUGGAACGCUGUUUAGACAUAUUAGCGUGGUGUGCUGCCGCUAGGCGUAUUACCGCCGUCGCUUGUGCGGCGCAGGCGCGGGAGGAGCGCGCUUUUGAGGCGAAGGACCGGGCCCAGAAAGCGUUGCAGUCCUUGCGCGAGGCGGAACACGUGACCGACGAGAUGCGCGACGGUCAACUACGACUCUCGCGAGAAGCGGCGGAGCUGGCAGACCGGGCCGACCGGGGCGAGGCCGUCGACGCAGAUGAGCUGUCAGGCAUCGACCGAGACCGCCAGUUACUAUGGCAUGGCUUGCAGGCCCGGGACGCCAAUGAUCAACCAGAAGAUAUACGAUGUUUGGUGCCCUGGGAGCAGCUCCACAAAUACUGGUCGCUCAGGAUUGCGGCGCUGCGCGACAAAUUCGGCCAGUUGCACGGGUGGAGGGAUGAAGCCAGGAAGGCUCUGGAGCGGCGAGACGCUCCCCUCGUCAGUGUCUUAGAAGACUUGUUAAGUCGAGGCGCCGCUCUCCAACAGAAGAUGACUUCCAGAAGGGACCGACGCGGCAUCAUGGACGCUUGUGACUCUCUACGUCGUAGAAAGAAGUGGAUCUUCGACGCCAGGGACGCGUUGCGGAGCGGUCCCAAGAGGAAACUGAAGGCCGUCGACGCCCUCGCGCGCGAGGCCACGAAGGUCGGCCUCGGCGAUUGUGAAGACGCGCGCGCGUUGCGAAGCGCCGCGCGAGCCGCUAGAGCGUGGUUCGCCAAGGUCAAGCGCACGGGGAUUGAGAGGGGAGAAGCGUCUAUUAGCGAGUUGCGAGCUCUACUGCCGGAAGCGGCGAAGAUACGAGUAGACAUUUCCGGAGACGUCGACGUCGUCAAGCAGGCGUCAUUGCAAGUUUGUUUGUGUGCCUCACCAGCAGACGGCCAGAUGCUGCAGUGCGAGUCCUGUGCGAUGCAAUUUCAUGCUAGAUGUGUCGGGCGGGGCGGCCCUGAUCUAGAACCGUUGGUGUCCAAAAAACGACCGCAGCCGCUCAAUGCCGCGGCCAAGAAGAAGGCUCGGUUACUGGAUCAGGACCGGCAAGCCGCAGCAAAAGCGGCCCAAGAUGCGUUGGACGCGCUGAAUCCUCCUGCAAUAGAUGAGGAUCCAGAAACUCGUUAUAAAUCUGUGAGCAAUGUGUCGACGGAGCCGUUCACGUGUGCGAGGUGUGUCCUGGAGCGGUUCGCAUCUUCCGAGAGGGAGGCGACGGAACGGACCCUGGAGAACAACAUCGGCGCCUGGGUGGAUGGCGUGCGAAAUAUCGUUGCAAGACCUUCUGGAGACACGCUGGCGCUGGCGGCGGUGCGAUGUGUCUCAAAAGCACCUAAAGAUCCGCCGCAAUUGAUGCGUUCCGUGGAUGAUCUGGUGAAGCAGUGCCCGCCGGAGACGGCCCAGCCGCUUAGGAGGUUGGCCUGGGCCUACGCCGCGGCGGCGUUGCUACGGGCGCCGCCUCGCUGUAGAGAUGUCAUACCUAUUACGAGUGCGGCGCCGUCAUUGGGCAUUCCCGAUCUGCCCUUGCAGCACUUUUCUGGUUGUUUGGAAAGAGGUGCUGUGUUAAGACGUAGAUUGGCGCAGUUAUGUCGCCGACCAGAACCUAGAUCUCGGCCGAAGCCCAAGCCCAAGCCCACGGAGCAGCCCGUUGCGGAAGAGGAGCCGCCUCAAGAAGAGGAGCCUCCGGAAGAGGCAGAAGUAAAGACGUCGUCGUCGCGAGGCAAGGAACGGAAAGUCGACGUCACGGCGGUCAAAGCGGUCCUCGAAGCGUCGCGGCACAUCCCCUUGCGCCUAGAAACGUUGAGGAGAAGGUGUGCCGCGAUAAUUGAUGAUGGGGGCAAGCGCUACUGCUUUUGUCGGGGGCCGUCGGACGGCGCGUUCAUGCUCGGCUGCAACGAUGGGUCGGCUUGUGGGGACGAGUGGUUCCACGGGCGGUGCGUGGGCGUCGAGGAGGCCGACGAGAAGGCGGCGGACGAGUUUGUUUGUAGCAAGUGUAGAGCUGCUCGGGCGAAUGAGGAGACGCCGCCGAUUCGUGAGUUUGUGGCGUUCGGCGACGAAGUCUCGGAUGACGAGGACACGCCCGAAACUUUAGCUGCUCUAGCUAAAGAAGAUCGGGGCGAGGCGCAGUUCAGUCUGCCGUGGCCGCCGGCGCUGCUCGGGGCGUCUGAUGAGUUCAAGGAGGCCGUCGAGAAGCAGCAGGCCGAGCGGCUGGCGCAGCAGUCUUCUACGGUGGUGGAGAGUCCGGCGCCCCCUUGGGCGGCGGCAACGUAAGUUAUGAUUAGUGGUA